AUUUAUUUUUGUCCCUAUAAAGUCACACAAGCACAACAAAGUUUUUCAGUCCCUAUAGGACAGAAUUGAGAAUACCAAACCCCGGCCUUUUCUCCCAAGCUUAUGCCAUUACAGUUCAGAUGGGUAAGGAUCAUGGCAACAUUUUGGCUUGGAUGAGAAAGAAAUGGUUUCUUUGGUUCUUGAAGGUAGGGAUUAUGGAGCUGAUCAUGUUUGCCAAUGUGACAUCUGAGGAUCAAAUCGGGGUUCCUUCAACCAACACACUAUGCAUCAGUGAUUGUGCAACAUGUCCUGUAAUAUGUUCGCCGCCGCCACCACCUCCUCCUCCACUGCUACAGUCACAUCCGCCACCAUCGCCAUCAGCACACCACUCACGGCCACCACGACCACCACCACUAGAAGCAUCACCCCCAAAAACUUCUUCAUACUCUUCAGUCCCACCUCCCCCACCGCCUUACAAGUACUUCAACAAUAUACCUCCAGGUCCAGGGACACCUCCUACAACAUAUCCGCAUGACUACUCAUAUCCCUACUACUACUAUUACGCCUCCAGGGCUUCCUCUCUUUCACUUGAUGCUUCCUUUUUCUUCAUGUCACUGUCUCUUUCAUUUUGUGUUUUCUUGUUGGUGGAUAAAAGCAGGAUGCAAUUUGUUCCAUGGGAAAACAUAUAGGAGGUCGCAACCAACAUGUUGCUAGGAUUCAAGGAAUCUUUGUACUUCAAACUGUUCAUAAUUUUCAGUCUAAAUUCUCGUUAUAUCUCAAGAUAAACUACUUGUUCUUUGUUGAA